AAAAAAAAAAAAAAAAAAAAAACGAAGGCGGGGGAGGGAGCCACGCGCCACCUCCUUCACCUCCUCCUCCUCCUCGCACAUGAAUGAGCUUACGACAUCUGUGGAUUUCGAAGACGAGGAGGAGGAGGAGGAGGAGGACAAGGAGGAGGAGGAGGAAGAUGAGGAAGAUGAGGAGGAAGAGGACGAAGAGGAGGAGGACGAAGCCGAGGAGGAGGAGGAGGAGGAAGCCGAGGAGGAAGAGGAGGAGGAGGAGGAAGAGGAGGAGGAGGUGAAAGAGGAGGAGGAGGAGGAGGAGGAGGAGGUGGAAGACGAGGAGGAGGAGGAGGACGAGGUGAAAGACGAGGACGAGGAGGAGGAGGAGGGAACAAGGAGGAAGAGUAGGAGAGGAGACUCACCUUAGUGACGGGUAGAGGAGAAGCUCCCGGUGAUGGUUCCAGCGGUGGCUGCUCUGGAACAACGCAGCAGGGCAGC